AUGAAACAUAGUGCACCUAAAAAAUGUAUUGUUGUGAAACCAAUGGUCAGUUCGGAUUUGAAUUCAAAUCGAUCUGAUAGACCUGCAGUCACACAGGAUAAUGGUAAGGAAUUCAGUAAUCAAGUCAUAUCCAAACUAUGCUCUAUGUGGAAAGAUGUUAAGAUAGUCCACAGAAAGCCUUGUCAUAGUCAAAUACAAGGCUCAGUUGAAAGAGCCAAUCAGGAUAUACAGAAUAUGUUAACUGCAUGGAUGAAUGAUAACAAUACAAAUAAAUGGUCAGAUGGUUUGCCCUUUGUUCAAUUUGCCAAGAACACAAAAUACCAUGAAGGAAUAUGCCAAAGUGCUAAUGAAGCCCUGUUUGAUGUUAAACCAAAAAGAGGAAUAGCAAUGCCAUCUUUUCCUGGCAAGCAAAUCACAAAUAUUGUAAUGGAAGAACAGCUCCAAGAAAUUGUUAAUACUUCAAAGAAAAUUUGA